AUGAGAAACAACAUACUACUUGCUGUGGCGCUGGCCGCCGUCGGAAGCGAUGCUGCUGCCCUAUCACCUCCACUCGUCGAGCGUGCGGCAUGCAACCGCGAUAAUUUGUUUCGAUGCUUUAUCGAUCAGAGAUAUUCCGCGCAAGCCAGCGAGUUCUGCGGCAACCUUUCGCCUUCCACUGUAACGGUUGCCACUAUAACUGCCACCGAGACCACAACAGUUCAGACUGAACUCACUGCCGAUGCCGCCACCAGUACCGAGAUCUUGACUACGACUGUAUUCACCGAAACUGUUGCGACGGCAACCACCACCGUGACCUUUGAUCCGGAUGUCCUGGUCAAGCGUGAUGCUUCAGUGAACCCCCCGAAGUGCAUGACCAAUGGAGUCACCUAUCCUGCCAGCCGCAUCACAUCAGCUUGCUCUUGCAUUGAUGUCCCUGCGUCAACUGUUAGCGUGACAUACGUUGCAGGCACCGAAACAGUUACGGAGACCAGCACCGUCUUCACAACUCCUUCACCAGCCACGAUCACGACGUGGACGACAGUCUCUACAGCUGCCGCUGGGAUCCAAACUGUCACAGUCGCUCCCACGGGCACAACAAACCUCCUUUCUUUCCAGAACGGCACCAUGAACGGCUGGGAGCUGCUUCCCGAGACCUGGCCAGGAGAGAUGAGGAAGUAUACUAUUAAUGGAGUAACAGAGUGGUCCUUCAACUUUUUCCCCAUGGACAACAGCCUUGCUACGCUGCGGUACCUCCCGCUGGUUUACAUGGAGGCUGGUCGCUACCAGGCUGGGUUUACCAGUUAUCUAUUGACGUUUCCUGCACCAACAGGGCCUUGGGGCCAGUAUUUUGCCUUUGACAUUGUCAAUCCCACAAAGGGCACCAACAUCACCGUCACCUUUCCCCCGAUCUCACCCAAGAAAAUCCUUAACAAGAGAUUUGUGACGAGCAUCCAGAACACGGUUGACAUCCCUGAAAGUGCGGCUGGAUAUAGCCAAAUAACAGUGAGAUGGAUUGCUACUCCUCAGUGGGCACUUACAGCGUUAAACAACCUUGCCGUCGAGAAGAUCGGCUAA